CAAAUGCCCAGAAUGUGAAAAAUCCUUCAAAAAUAAUAGAAAUCUGCAAAACCAUCUAAGGGUCCACUCAGGAGAGAAACCAUUUAAAUGCCAGGAGUGUGGGAUGAGCUUCAAUUAUAGAAGUAGCUUUAAUAGACAUCUAAAGAUCCAUUCAGGAGAAAAACCUCAUAAAUGCCUGGAGUGUAGAAAGAACUUCAGUCAGAGGAGCAGCCUUUAUAAACAUCAAAGGAUCCACUGGAGAGAGAAACCGAGUAAAUGCUUGGAGGGAGGAGGGUUGUUUGGAAGAGCUGGGAAUCCCCAAAAGAUCCAUGAGGGAGAAAAGAUAUAUCAGUGCUCCGAAUGUGAAAAAUCUUUCAAAAGAAAUGGAAAUCUGGAAAGCCAUCUACGGUUCCACACAGGAGAGAAAUCAUACAAAUGCCCAGAAUGUGAAAAAUGUUUCAAAACAAAUAGACAUUUUGAAAACCAUCUAAAAAACCACUCAGUUGGAAACCCAUAUAAAUGCUUUGAGUGUGGAAAGAACUUCAAUCAGAGAGGAGAUCUUAAUCAACAUCAAAGAAUCCACACAGGGGAAAAACCUUAUAAAUGCUUUGAGUGUGGAAAGAGAUUCCGCCAGAGGAGCAGCCAUUAUAGACAUCAAAGGAUCCACACAGGAGAAAAACCUCAUAAAUGUCUACAGUGUGGAAAGAGCUUCAGUCAUAGGAACAGCCUUUAUGUACAUCAAAGGAUCCAUUCAGGAGAGAAACCGUAUAAAUGCCUGGAGUGUGGAAAGAGAUUUAUCGAUGGUGGAAAUCUUUAUAAGCAUCAAACUGUUCACACAGGAGAAAAACCCUAUAAGUGCCUUGAGUGUGGAAAGAGUUUUACCAUACGUGGCCGCCUUCAUGACCAUCAAAGAAUUCACACUGGAGAGAAACCCUAUACAUGCAUGGAAUGUGAAAGGAGCUUCAGUAGUAAAACAGCUCUGUACAGCCAUCAAAGGAUUCACACAGGAGAACAACCAUAUAGAUGCCUGGAGUGUGGAAAGAACUUCAAUCACACAGGACACCUUAUUAUGCAUCGAAGAGUCCACUUAGGAGAAAAACAGGAAAAAACCUGGUGUGUGGAAAGAGCUUCAGUGAGAGAACAGACGAAAGACUCAGGAAUCCCCAAAGAAUCCACGAGGGAGAAAAACAAUAUCAAUACACAUGUGAAAAAUCUUUCAAUACAAAUAAAGAUCUUCAAAACCAUCUCCACACAGGAGAGAAACCAUUUGAGUGUGGAAAGUGCUUCAGUCAGAUGAGACACCUUCAUACACAGAAAAGAAUCCACACUGGGGAAAAAACCAUAUGAAUGCUUGGAGUGUGGAAAGAGCUUUAAUAAGGAUGCAAACCUCCGUCA